CUCUCUCUCGGCUGCCGCUGCUGCCGUUGGCUCUUAUUCUCCUCCUCCUCCUCCUCUCUCCUCCUCUCUGCUUCUCUCUGCUCCUCUCUCCUCCUCUCUCCUCCUCCUCCUCCACCUCCUCCUCCUUCUCCCCCUCUUUCUCCCCCUCUUUCUCUCUUCUUUCUCCCCCGUCCCCCCGCCCCCUCCCCCCAGGCCUGAUGAGCAGGUCUCGAGCCUCCAUCCAUCGGGGGAGCAUCCCCGCGAUGUCCUAUGCCCCCUUCAGAGAUGUACGGGGACCCUCUAUGCACCGAACCCAAUACGUUCAUUCCCCGUAUGAUCGUCCUGGUUGGAACCCUCGGUUCUGCAUCAUCUCGGGGAACCAGCUGCUCAUGCUGGAUGAGGACGAGAUACACCCCCUACUGAUCCGGGACCGGAGGAGCGAGUCCAGUCGCAACAAACUGCUGAGACGCACAGUCUCCGUGCCGGUGGAGGGGCGGCCCCACGGCGAGCAUGAAUACCACUUGGGUCGCUCGAGGAGGAAGAGUGUCCCAGGGGGGAAGCAGUACAGCAUGGAGGGUGCCCCUGCUGCGCCCUUCCGGCCCUCGCAAGGCUUCCUGAGCCGACGGCUAAAAAGCUCCAUCAAACGAACGAAGUCACAACCCAAACUUGACCGGACCAGCAGCUUUCGCCAGAUCCUGCCUCGCUUCCGAAGUGCUGACCAUGACCGGGCCCGGCUGAUGCAAAGCUUUAAGGAGUCACACUCUCAUGAGUCCUUGCUGAGUCCUAGCAGUGCAGCUGAGGCAUUGGAGCUCAACUUGGAUGAAGAUUCCAUUAUCAAGCCAGUGCACAGCUCCAUCCUGGGCCAGGAGUUCUGUUUUGAGGUAACAACUUCAUCAGGAACAAAAUGCUUUGCCUGUCGGUCUGCGGCCGAAAGAGACAAAUGGAUUGAGAAUCUGCAGCGGGCAGUAAAGCCCAACAAGGACAACAGCCGCCGGGUAGACAAUGUGCUAAAGCUGUGGAUCAUAGAGGCCCGGGAGCUGCCCCCCAAGAAGCGGUACUACUGUGAGCUCUGCCUGGAUGACAUGCUGUAUGCACGCACCACCUCCAAGCCCCGCUCUGCAUCUGGGGACACCGUCUUCUGGGGCGAGCACUUCGAGUUUAACAACCUGCCGGCUGUCCGUGCCCUGCGGCUGCAUCUGUACCGUGACUCAGACAAAAAGCGCAAGAAGGACAAGGCAGGCUAUGUCGGCCUGGUGACUGUGCCAGUGGCCACCCUGGCUGGGCGCCACUUCACAGAGCAGUGGUACCCUGUAACCCUGCCAACAGGCAGUGGGGGAUCUGGGGGCAUGGGUUCGGGAGGGGGAGGGGGCUCGGGGGGUGGCUCAGGGGGCAAGGGCAAAGGAGGUUGCCCGGCUGUGCGGCUGAAAGCACGUUACCAGACAAUGAGCAUCUUGCCCAUGGAGCUAUAUAAAGAGUUUGCAGAGUAUGUCACCAACCAUUAUCGGAUGCUGUGUGCAGUCUUGGAGCCCGCCCUGAAUGUCAAAGGCAAGGAGGAGGUUGCCAGUGCACUAGUUCACAUCCUGCAGAGUACAGGCAAGGCCAAGGACUUCCUUUCAGACAUGGCCAUGUCUGAGGUAGACCGGUUCAUGGAACGGGAGCACCUCAUAUUCCGUGAGAACACGCUUGCCACUAAAGCCAUAGAAGAGUAUAUGAGACUGAUUGGUCAGAAAUACCUCAAGGAUGCCAUUGGAGAGUUCAUCCGUGCUCUGUAUGAAUCUGAGGAAAACUGCGAGGUAGACCCUAUCAAGUGCACAGCAUCCAGUUUGGCAGAGCACCAGGCCAACCUGCGAAUGUGCUGUGAGUUGGCCCUGUGCAAGGUGGUCAACUCCCACUGCGUGUUCCCGAGGGAGCUGAAGGAGGUGUUUGCUUCGUGGCGGCUGCGCUGCGCAGAGCGAGGCCGGGAGGACAUCGCAGACAGGCUUAUCAGCGCCUCACUCUUCCUGCGCUUCCUCUGCCCAGCGAUUAUGUCGCCCAGUCUCUUUGGGCUUAUGCAGGAGUACCCAGAUGAGCAGACCUCACGAACCCUCACCCUCAUUGCCAAGGUCAUCCAGAACCUGGCCAACUUUUCCAAGUUUACCUCAAAGGAGGACUUUCUGGGCUUCAUGAAUGAGUUUCUGGAGCUGGAAUGGGGUUCCAUGCAGCAGUUUUUGUAUGAGAUCUCCAAUCUGGACACGCUAACCAACAGCAGUAGCUUUGAGGGUUACAUCGACUUGGGCCGAGAGCUCUCCACACUGCAUGCCCUACUCUGGGAGGUGCUGCCCCAGCUCAGCAAGGAAGCCCUCCUGAAGCUGGGUCCACUGCCCCGGCUCCUCAACGACAUCAGCACAGCUCUGAGGAACCCCAACAUCCAAAGGCAGCCAAGCCGCCAGAGUGAGCGGCCCCGGCCUCAGCCUGUGGUACUGCGGGGGCCAUCGGCUGAGAUGCAGGGCUACAUGAUGCGGGACCUCAACAGCUCCAUCGACCUUCAGUCCUUCAUGGCUCGAGGCCUCAACAGCUCUAUGGAUAUGGCUCGCCUCCCCUCCCCAACCAAGGAAAAGCCACCCCCACCACCGCCUGGUGGGGGUAAAGACCUGUUCUAUGUAAGCCGUCCACCCCUGGCCCGUUCCUCACCAGCAUACUGCACGAGCAGCUCGGACAUCACAGAGCCAGAGCAGAAGAUGCUGAGUGUCAACAAGAGUGUGUCCAUGCUGGACUUACAGGGUGAUGGGCCUGGUGGCCGCCUCAACAGCAGCAGUGUUUCGAACCUGGCGGCCGUAGGGGACCUGCUGCACUCAAGCCAGGCCUCGCUGACAGCAGCCUUGGGGCUACGGCCUGCGCCUGCCGGACGCCUCUCCCAGGGGAGUGGCUCAUCCAUCACGGCGGCUGGCAUGCGCCUCAGCCAGAUGGGUGUCACCACAGACGGUGUCCCUGCCCAGCAACUGCGAAUCCCCCUCUCCUUCCAGAACCCUCUCUUCCACAUGGCUGCUGAUGGGCCAGGUCCCCCAGGCGGCCAUGGAGGGGGCGGUGGCCAUGGCCCACCUUCCUCCCAUCACCACCACCACCACCAUCACCACCACCGAGGUGGAGAGCCCCCUGGGGACACCUUUGCCCCAUUCCAUGGCUAUAGCAAGAGUGAGGACCUCUCUUCCGGGGUCCCCAAGCCCCCUGCUGCCUCCAUCCUUCAUAGCCACAGCUACAGUGAUGAGUUUGGACCCUCUGGCACUGACUUCACCCGUCGGCAGCUUUCACUCCAGGACAACCUGCAGCACAUGCUGUCCCCUCCCCAGAUCACCAUUGGUCCCCAGAGGCCAGCCCCCUCAGGGCCUGGAGGUGGGAGCGGUGGGGGCAGCGGUGGGGGUGGCGGGGGCCAGCCGCCUCCAUUGCAGAGGGGCAAGUCUCAGCAGUUGACAGUCAGCGCAGCCCAGAAACCCCGGCCAUCCAGCGGGAAUCUAUUGCAGUCCCCAGAGCCAAGUUAUGGCCCCGCCCGUCCACGGCAACAGAGCCUCAGCAAGGAGGGCAGCAUUGGGGGCAGCGGGGGCAGCGGUGGCGGAGGGGGUGGGGGGCUGAAGCCCUCCAUCACCAAGCAGCAUUCUCAGACACCAUCCACAUUGAACCCCACAAUGCCAGCCUCUGAGCGGACAGUGGCCUGGGUCUCCAAUAUGCCUCACCUGUCGGCUGACAUCGAGAGUGCGCACAUCGAGCGGGAAGAGUACAAGCUCAAGGAGUACUCAAAAUCGAUGGAUGAGAGCCGGCUGGAUAGGGUGAAGGAGUACGAGGAGGAGAUUCACUCACUGAAAGAGCGGCUGCACAUGUCCAACCGGAAGCUGGAAGAGUAUGAGCGGAGGCUGCUGUCCCAGGAAGAACAAACCAGCAAAAUCCUGAUGCAGUAUCAGGCCCGACUGGAGCAGAGUGAGAAGAGGCUAAGGCAGCAGCAGGCAGAGAAGGAUUCCCAGAUCAAGAGCAUCAUUGGCAGGCUGAUGCUGGUGGAGGAGGAGCUGCGCCGGGACCACCCCGCCAUGGCUGAGCCGCUGCCAGAACCCAAGAAGAGGCUGCUCGACGCUCAGGAGAGGCAGCUUCCCCCCUUGGGUCCAACAAACCCGCGUGUGACGCUGGCCCCACCAUGGAACGGCCUGGCCCCCCCAGCCCCACCACCCCCACCCCGGCUGCAGAUUACGGAGAACGGCGAGUUCCGAAACACCGCAGACCACUAGCCCACCCAGCAUCACAGACCUUCUCUUCCUUUCCUGUGCACCCCACCCUGUAACAGCACCAACCACCAGGAUUGGACAUCACCGAGGAACAGCGGGAUUGCCUCCCCGAAUGCCUCCCUGGGAGGCACACUGAUUGCCCACCCCCCCCCACUGCACCAUUUCCAGGAGGGAGAGUGGGGACCCUCAGCCGCCCCCUUUUCCUUCCCAUUGGGGUGCUGCCCUCUCUUUGACCCCCAGGGACCCUUGCCCCAGGACACCGCCUACCCCACACAGACCCCUUCACUCCGGGGUGCUAUCCCCAUCCUCUGCCUCAUCGUUCCCCUGAGCACUGGGGGACAGACCCUCACCCCCACCCUGGGGGUGUGGCACCUCCAAACUUUCAACUUCAGGGUGAUUUUUUUAGCAGUAACCAGAGCUGACAAUCUAACUCCCCUCCACCGCCCCAUUUUGGCCUCCCCUGCCCCCCUUGUUAUGGGGAGGGGACCCCGGGUGAGGGGGCCCUAUUACCCCUUGAUUUCUCAGGAGCGUCUGGGGGGGCUCAGCACGCACAAACUCCUCCUCCUUCUACCACUCUUAAAUUUACUCCCUCCCCACCCAGAACCCAGAUGGGGUGGAGGGGGCCACCGGGGCAGGGAGGGGGCGGCAAGGGGGGAAUGGGAGUUGUCUCCCCUUCUCCCCACACCUGAUCUGCUCUCGGCUGGUCCCAGAGCGGGGUGAGGGGGCUUAUGCCCCCCCCUCCCCCAGUGUGUUGGGUGGGGUGGAAUUGAGGUUAGGGUGAGGGGUCAGGGUUUAGGAGGGUGUGUAUGUUGGGAGGACAGGCUAGUUGAUCUGUCCUACUCUGACACACAGUCCCCCCUGCCCCUUCCUUCUCUCUUCUUGGUCUCUACUCCCAGGGGGAGGGGGGAACUUACUCUAGGAAAAGCCAUGUCUCUCUCCCCCAGGGUGGGGGGACCUGUGUUGGAGGAGGGGUGUUGGGGGGCCCCCUUCCAUGACUCUGUCCCCUGGGGGAGGUAGGACAGGGCUGGGCUUCCCUCUCAUCCUCCCCCUCCCAAUCUCCUUCCACCUCCCUCCCUCCCGCCAGCUCCACGAUUUUUCGGUGUUUCUCUGUACAUAGUUUUCUGGCGGGAUAGGGGAGGUAGGAUGGAUGGGGUUUGGGGUGGGUAGGCCAUGGGAGGGGAGAAGCCCCUCCUUGGCACCCCCUCUUCCCUGACUGCUGUCCCCUACCCAGCCUUGCCCCCUUCAUCCUUUUGCGUUUGGUAUUGAGACUCUCCUAGACUCUACUCCUCUUUCUUUUGUAUGGACAGUUCCCCUUCAGUCCCAUCCCCCUACACAUACACCCAGCCGGGGCCAAAUUUAUACUUAUAUAAAAGUUGUAAAUAUGUGAAAUUUUAUCCCUGUGCCCUUUCCCCACCUCAGGCCCUACCCCUGGACCCUCCCCAAUCUUCCUUCUCUCUUCUUUGGCUGUUGUAAUUAUCUGGGGUUUGUACUGUACAUAUCCGGGGUGUGUGUGUGUGGGCUGGGGGCAACCCUUCUGUACAGAGCUUCCUGGCCCCCUCCCCCCCCGCCCCUCUGCUUCCCUCCCCACCCACCACCUCAAGGGUAGGGAGUUGCUCUUCCUACCUGUUUUAUUUUGUUUUCUCGUUAUCCCUCCCCACCCCACUCCCAGCCUUAUCUAUCCCCCCUCACUGUCCCCUUUUCUCCACUCCCAGCCCCAUUUCCUUUUUUUCUGGAGUGUGUGGUGAAACAGAAAAAAACAUGUUUAAUAAACGGAGAUUGUUCUUUUA